AUGCUGUACAUUUGCAUUCUGCAGUCGUGCAUUGAGUUGGUCUUGACAUACGAUACGAAUAUCGGAGAUAUUGACACGUUCAACAUUGGGCCAUUGAUUAUUCACUGCGCGAGGUCUUUGCUGACAGUUUUUAUUGUGAUUCUCGUGUGUCUUCGCGAAUCACCUUGCUGCGCGAGCCCCUUCUUGCGUGGCGCCCUCUUGGCAGUUUCGGAGAGACCAUUGAGAUCAAUCGUUGAGGUAUUUCAGGCGUUUCGAGUCAAUGCAUGCGAUUCUGUGCUUAUGGAGACAUUGAUCAAUUCAUGCAUGUUGUGA